CGAGUCAAGUCUAUCCUAAUGUCCUGAGUUGCUAAUUAUGAAUGCAUACUCUAUCCUGGUCAACUGGAGAAAAGUGGCGAGCGGAAGAAACAUAUAAAGACAUCAGCUUCCCUUCACUCAUAAUCCUCAUCACUGCCAAUCACCAGAUCCACAAGUCUCUUAACAAGUCUCAUCAUGGUUCGCAUCACUCAAGCCAUCUUUCUCGGCCUCCAGGCCAUGAGCGGUCUCGUCACUGCCCUUCCUGCCGCUACCGACGACGUUGCCAAAGCUACUGCUACUCCGCUCAGCAUUGAGGACAUCUUUGCUUCAGCCGUCAUCGAGAACGACGUGCCGAGCGUGUCUAUCCCUAAGGAUUCGGUCUUCGAUACUACUGGCGUCAACGCUUCUUCCCACGACAACAACCAGAAGCGUGGCCUCAGCAAGCGUUUUUUACUCGACUCUUGGCAAGAGGUUGAUGUCCACGCGUGCUGGUCUAUUGACGGCGUCAAUGUAGACCACACGGCGUACAUCAACGACGUCGCUACCGUCAUCCGAGUGCUCGCCAACGCUGGCCGCGCCGGCGCAUCGCUUCCUCCCCUCAACCGAUGGAUCUACCAAUUCAACAACGUCCGUGUCGUCAUUCGCAACCAGAAUGCCUGCCAAACCCGCAACUUCAUUAGCAACGAGCUCGCGCAGAAUCUGGAAGCCAUCUGGUACCGUUGCCAGAACCACGCCUCUGGUUGGGGCAUGUACACCUGGCAGGAUCUUUCUGGCAACACUGUUGGAUGGCCCGACCUUAUCUUCUUCGUGCAACCUAUCAACGCUGCAUACCCCCCUUACUCAGCUACAUCUUGCUAAAUGAUAAGCAAUUUGUCAUAGCUCAAGAGCCUUAAGAAUGAAUAAAAGCAACGGGAACUUGGAACUAAGGGCGAGGUCAGACGUCGGAGACCCGGCGAACCUGAGAUGACACGUGCGACAGGAAGUGAUGAAGGUGGUUA